AUGUACCCCACCAAUCAGGUGCCAGGUUUCACACAGCACAUGCAACUAGCAAAAGGCACAAGGGGUAAAAUUAACGGUGAAUGCAGGUGUAAGUCCUUCAGUGUCAUAAUUGCACUGAGAAGCUCCGCCCCCUCAAACUCCUCUCAAACUUUUUCGAGUCCGCCAUUUUUCCCUCCUCGCUUCACUUCGACCAGUGGCCGCUACAAGUCUCAAGUGAACGUGCAGGCAACAAAAUCUCCCACAUUCGUGCCCGAGCACGGCAGCAUUGGUGUAAGAAAAAUGCUGCUGAAAGUUAAAAUAGCCAACGUCCAAAAAUUUGUUCGAGUUCCUGAGCCGAAUCUGACAGCAUUUCUGGAUGCAGCAUUUACCAAGUUUGGUGUUCCAGCUGUGACAGAAGGUGUACGUGUCCUUGACAGUUCUGGAACUGAGCUUGAUGAGGAUGUUUUUGAGGAUGUGGUAAAGGAUCCUCAAACUGGUGUUCUGACCAUCACAUAUGAUACUGGGAAUGUUGAGAGUUUCUCUUCUCCUGGGCCUUGUGCUUCUUCACCCAGCAGUGGUGACUCCCAGGACACAAUCAUACUUCCUGUUAGUCCUGCUUCGAAGCGUCAGCGGCUGGAUGACGAGGCUAAGCAUUUGGUGAAAGACAUUCUUUCCAAAAAGCCUGGGGGAGAAAGGGUAAUAAUGGAGUACAAUCGAACUAAGUCUUUGUCAUAUCAGCAGCAAGAAUGUUCACCAUUUUUUUUCGGGUGUCAUCUGCCAGAGAAAAAUGGUACAUCUCCACCCAGACGAGUGAAAGAAAAAUAUGCCAGAGGAAUUGUGAGCUUGUUCCCCCAUCUCUGGGACCCCUUCUCAGAAAAUGGACACGAGCAUUAUUAUGAUGGUAAAAGUGACAGUGGCUACUUGGCUUGGAGGCUUAAAUACAUUCAAAGAUGCAAUGCCCAAGAAAGAAAAUCAAUUGAAGCCUCCUCCACUGAAGGAAUGAGCGGUGACGAACUGUUGGGAGGACCAACAGCCAGGCGGGAGUCCCAGUAUCUUCCAGAGCCACCAAUGAGUGAAGAAGAAUGUCGAGAAGCCAUGUCCCUGAUGAAACACUCCUCUGAUGAAAACACAGUGAAGAAGAAAAUGAAGCAAACGUUUGCUCAUCGUCGAAGCAUGGUCCUGGACCCCCAGUUGUCAAGCAACAUACUGUCACACUUCCCUCGAUUCAAAGACGUCAAAGGAUUGAUUGAACAAGAUUUUGUUCUGAUGUUUGGUGAGGAUGUAUCUGGCAAGUUUCUGGAGAAAUGGCCAACAAUGUUCAAGGAGAAGAUAAUCAAGCAGUGCAGAAAGCUUCCCUCCACCACAGAGCUAAAUGACCUCCUAUUGGCUGCAGAUCCUCAGGAGGAUGAUGCUGAUGGUGCUGACUUUGGCUGGGAUAGUGACUUUGCUUCUAUUUUGUUGCUUCUGCAUCUUGUUCCACCCACUGCUCAAGGCCGUAAGAAACCGGGGAAGAUGUCAGCAUCUCAAGCAGAAAAACAUCUUGUGGUCUUCAAGAAGAGUGGCACAAGUAUCGAAGAACAUCUCGACACCAUCACUUCUAGCACUCAGCCUUAUCUCCUUGCUGUUGGCACCCAAAGGAACAGGAUCAGCCAGUACUUCAUUAUCCUGGACAAGACUGCCAUCCCCUGUAUGUCUAACUCCUCUUUAAGUUCUUUUGAUGAGUUGUUUAAGGCACAUUUUGUGUUUGGCACAUCAUACCACACCAUGUUGUACAACAUGUACACAUUCAUUCAGACCACAAUUUACAAUAUUGAUGUUGGCAAGGUGAGGGAGAGACCCCGUAUUGCAGAAAUAAGAGCAAGGUUACUUCAUUAGUGUUUCUAUGAAGUGCAGUGUUUGCCGAGCUGAGUUCCAGAGUUC